UUAGAGGUAGUUAGAGGUAGUAAGACUUUUCUUUUUGCCUUGCCCCUUUUUUUUUAUGAAACCAGGACAACAACAGAACCAACAAUAGAGCAGCCUACAUCAGCAGAGGUCACAACAACAGAACCCAAACUUGCCAUUUUGAAGUUUAGUUGUUAUGUUUGUCGAAAAACAUUGACCCGGAGACAGCAUUUACGAUCGCACCUGUUAUCGCACCAAAUCAGUUUGAAGGCACCACCGCAAGGAAGAAUGCGCUUUGACGAUGACCAGUAUACUUUUGUGACACAAAUGAACAACACUUCACACCAUUCAAUCCUGGCACGUUAUGCCUGUCCGUCUUGCCCUGGACACUUUUCAAGCCUGACUGAAUUGAAGAUCCACAUUGAAAAUGCAGAACACUCACAGCCGUCCCAACCAAACAGUAGUGCCGACACCCAAGAAAACGAACAAGCACGACCAGAGAAACGACAGCGUGCUUCAACAUCAGCAAGUGUACAGAUAGCAACAAGCAACAAAGGGAUUAUUACGUUUUCAGCAACAUCGUACUCGUAUGAAGCAAACUUGCCAAAGUUUCCACAACAAGUCCUUGAUAUGCUUGAGCCCAUCGUAUCCAUCAAUACAUCCGUUACUCAACAAUCGACUUUGGAGGUGCUCAAAACACUACCACCCGUGCACAAACUCCUCCUCGAUGCCCUCGAUCAGAACUUGGAAGAUAAAGGAGAUGCUGCAUUCUUUUUUUUAUUUGUAACUCAUUUUGGCGGGGAACGGAGUUCAACAACAACACAAGGGUAAAGGGAGGCUAAUAACAACACAAAGGGAAAUGAAUGAAGAAAGGUAAUUGGAGAGUAUAUCAGAGAAAAUAGAGUAAAGCAAGAGAGGUCAGGCGGAUGAUCGAAACUUUUAAAUUUAAAAUAUGAGCAUAAGUUUAUAUUGAAAUUGAAUAGAUAAUUUUGAAUAUAAAAGAGAAACUUUAAAUAAAGAAAGCAACAUUUUAUUUUUG